CGCUCUUCUCAUCCCUUCUCUCCGUCUUUCCAGAACUUUUGUGCUGGAAGACAGCCCUCCACCCCCACCAGGGAAGUAGGGGUGAGCCCCACACUUCACCACCUUGUACCCGCGUCUGCAUCUCCAGCCAGUUCUGACGGUCAUCACCCAAUUUUCUACACGCACACCCCCAAAAGUUCUUCCUUCCCUUCUCCUUCUGGUAUCUUCUGUACCCCCAAAAUUUCCCCUCCUCCCGUACCCUCCCCGGCCCCCUCCUUUGGGGGCCCAGUGACCCUGAAUGUGGGGGGUACACUGUACUCCACCACUUUGGAGACCCUCACCCGCUUCCCAGACUCCAUGCUGGGGGCCAUGUUCAGGGCGGACACUCCUCUGCCGGCCAGCCUCAGCCCCCAAGGAGGGGGCCAGUACUUCAUCGAUAGGGAUGGCAAGGCCUUCCGCCACAUCCUCAAUUUCCUGCGCCUGGGCCGCCUGGACCUACCCCGUGGCUAUGGAGAAACUGCACUUCUCAAAGCUGAAGCCGACUUCUACCAGAUCCGGCCCCUCCUGGAUGCCCUGCGGGAGCUAGAGACUUCUCGGGGGACCCCGGCCCCCACAGCCGCCCUGCUGCAUGCCGACGUGGACGGCAGCCCCCGCCUGGUGCACUUCUCUGCCCGCAGGGGUCCGCACCACUACGAGCUGAGCUCUGUGCAGGUGGAUACCUUCCGGGCCAACCUCUUCUGCACCGACCCUGAGUGUCUGGGCGCCCUACGGGCCCGAUUUGGAGUAGCUGAGGCGGACAGGGCAGGGGAGGGAGGCCCACAUUUCCACCUGGAAUGGGCCCCUCGCCCGGCAGAGCUCCCCGAAGCUGAGUAUGGAAGACUGGGGCUGCAGCCACUGUGGACCGGGGGACCAGGGAACCCGCGGGAGGUGGUGGGCGCGUCGAGCUUCCUGGAAGAGGUGUUGCGGGUGGCCCUGGAGCACGGCUUCCGGCUGGACUCUGUCUUCCCUGACCCCGAAGACCUGCUCAAUUCCCGCUCUCUGCGAUUCAUCCGGCACUGAAGACGGUAGCCCUGAACUCUGCGGGAAGGGACAGAAACAGGCGGCCAUGGAAAGGAAAAGGCCCCCCUCCUCCUCUGGAGCCGUGAGGUGGUUCUGCUGUACCUGCUUGGAGCGGGGAUGUGGGCGGGAGCCUGCUGAGCACUCAGGAGGAGCACUAGGGUAUGGACCAGUGGUGCUGACCCUGGGCGGGGCAGGAAUGUUUCCUCGGGCUGCUUCUGGCCCGAAGGCUGGGCACCUUCAGCAUCUCCCAUGGGUCUGGGCAAAAGGAGACAGCCUCUCUGUGCCCAGGCAGCUCCUGGAGGAACUCAACUUGGGUUGGAAGGUCUGAACAUUCUGGAAUACUGGGAAGGCAGGCUCUCUGCUGUAUCCCAAUUCAGCCUACAGAAGGAGGUAGAAGGGCCACACUCCACUCUAGGCUGGCUUAGAGGGGCUAGGAGAAUCCCCAUUAGCAAUGGGGUUGGAGCCCCCACCACCACCUGGGCCCUGAAGGGCCCUGAAGUUCUUGCUUCCAAGAUCCCAUAAUGAUGAUAGAGCCGGCUGACUGGGAUACGGGGAGGGGAAGAAGACGUGGUCCUGCUCUGCCUUCCGGUGAGCGUGCGUGCGAGCGUGCAUGUCAGCCAGCGCACUGUCUAGACGUGUGGGUCCCCGCAGCCAACUCCAGGCUCCAUGAUAGGCAGCCUGUGGUCUUACAAGCCCAGGCCCGCUGGGGCCGCCUCACCACUGCCAGAUGCAGGUGUGUCUGUAAGCAGCUUCCUGGGUUAAUCACAGGGCGUGUGUUUGUGUUUGUGUGUGUGUGUUGACGCGCUUGCCUCCUCAGGUCAGCAGGAGGGGCCUGCUGGGGUCUGAGUCACUCAGAGCUUCCUGGUGAGAGCUGCCGGAAGUCUCUGGGCUCCCCCCUGGCCUCCCAGGCCUGUGUGGGAUUCAGUAAGGCAACCCAUGGAGUGUUGCUCGGAGAUGCUGGGGAAGGCCUGGGGCUGGCUAGGGCAAGGAGGGAGUUA